AUGUCGCAGGUUACCCCCGAAGUCCUCUGGGCCCAGCGCUCCUCCAACACGGACCCGGAGAAGAACUUCAUCUACCUCACCAUCUCGGUUCCCGAUGUUCCCAAGGAGAACAUCAAGCUCGACCUGAAGGACACCACGCUGACCUUCCACGGCCACUCCGAUAGCCUCAAGCGAACCUACCACCUUGAGAUCACUUUCUACGGCGAGAUCGACCCCGCCGAGAGCAAGAUCCACCACACCUCGCGCAAUGUCGAGUUCAAGCUGCGCAAGAAGGAGCUCGACGAGAACUUCUGGCCCCGUCUCCUGAAGGAGCCCAAGAAGGUUCAGUUCCUCAAGACCGACUUCGACAAGUGGGUCGAUGAGGACGAGCAGAACGAGGCUCCCGAGGAGGACAUGUCGCAGUUCGGUGGCAUGGGAGGCAUGCCUGGAAUGGGUGGCAUGGGCGGAAUGGAAGGAAUGGGAGGCAUGGGUGGCAUGCCUGGAAUGGGUGGAAUGGGCGGUGGCGACUUUGGUGGCAUCGACUUCUCGAAGCUCGGCGGCGCUGGUGGCCCUGGCGGCCUUGGUGGCAUGGGCGAGGAGGAGGAUGACGACGACGAAGACUCGGACGACAUGCCCGCGCUCGAGGGCGAGGAAGAGGCCGAUGACAAGGACACUGGCAAGAAGCCCGCGUAG